AGUACCAACUUGGCGACAAGUACUACAACUGGUCCGAGUACGACUUCGUCUUUCUUCCGACAAACCAAUUCAAGUUGGGCUGGACUCCGACCCUGGUAAUUUCAUGCGAACGUGACCAUUACUGGGUAGAACCGGACGAGGGAGCCGUAGUUUUCAAAAAUGGUGAAAAAUGUGACGAAGACGUUAAGACCAGGCUCGAUUUCAGCGACGAGUUGACCUUUGCCAAACACUGCUUCGACCUUUCCGGCGGAAUUGUUUCCUUCGCGUUUGAAGAACGCCAGUUCCCAAUAAACUGGGAUCCGCAGACCAGACGUGAACAACAAACCCUGGGUCAGUGGGAUUGCAGAGUGGGGCGGAAGUAAAUUUUACUCCAGGCCAAAAUGAACUGAUAUUUUCCCAAAUUCUGUCCCACCUCCCCUUCAAAAGCUUGAAGAACGCUCGACUAGUUUGCAGAGAUUGGGACGAACAAGUGGCGCCCAUCAUGCGAGCAAAAUCCGUCAUAAUUUUCGACCCUUCUUACUACGAGGUCAAUCCAUCCAUGAAUUUUUUGCGAUACGUCCAUGAAAUGCAGAAUCCUGCAGAUUGGCCAAACUGGAAAAUUCGCUAUCCAACCCUGCCCGCCCUCGGGGUCGACCAGAACCACCAGGGAGCCAAGUAUAUCAUCGACUUAAACUGGUUUCUCAAGCCAAGCAGAGGACAUCACGUGACGUCCUUGACGCUAAGUGGGGGCAUCUACUCAAACUAUGAGUACUGGUUAAAGCUCAAGCCCGUUAUUCAGUUUAGCGACACCCUGGAAGAAUUAAAUCUGAAAUUCAGCUUCAUCUUCUUCGACAUGGACUCCAUCGAGCGGAAAUUUUCGGGGUGGGGGCCGAUUUCACUACCAAAAUUGAAGCGGUUUACCCUAAACUUGGCUCCAUGUCAUGACGCGCGUCCCCUCUCGUUCGAAAAUUUGUCGACGGUUUGGAUGAAGAAUUGGGCGGACGCGAUUAAAGGGGUGGGUUACGUCGCUACUUUUCGCAGAGCUUCGUUGGGGUCACGAUUAGUCCAGGAGAUGCGGAGAAAUAUCAGUAGUGGAGCUUAUCAAAAUUUGAGGGAAAUCGUGUUAACCUGCAAGCCAGAAGAUGGCGUCAAUUUUCUCACGGAGUUUAACCAACCCCUGAAAAAAGUGACGCUCACGAUACCGCUGGAAAUUCGACAUCUUCGCGAGUUUGAAAAUUCUAUCAGGAAAUUUGCAAAUUCGCUGGAAUUGCUGAGUCUUCGCGUUUCCACGGAUGAUCUCGAGGCAGAGGUGAGAUUCGUUCUGAAUCUGCCAUGUUUUCCGAACCUGAAGACUUUGGAUUUUCACUUUGGAGAGUUUGAGAAUGUCGGGUGGUACCAGGGUGGGAACGAUGGACGUAGUCGUGUCGGACACGUGGCGCGGAUAAGGUUGGCUUUCCCGCCAGUACGUCGUGGGGAUGACCUUGGGGUCAAAUAUGACCUUCACCUCCCCUCGAUUCGUUCAAUCAUCAUUAAGCCGUUGUUUGACGACCAUGACGACGAUGCGGAUAAUUUUUGGAACACGUACGCCGACCUGAUGGACAGUCUCCUGCCCAAGGAAGGAGAAGGGCAAAGUUGUAAAACUCUGUGGAAUUUGGAAUUUCCGAGCCUGGAUGAUCUCGAGGUGGAGACGCGAUAUCGUCAAGCGCACCGAUUGCCGGAAAUAUUUCCUCAUGUGAGGAACGAAUGGAUGAACAGAUUACGGGAAAUGAGGAAUAAUUGAAGAAUUUUUGUGAAUAUUCUUAACCGGAGCAGAGUGUAAUUUAAGUGUAAUAUUUUUUAUAUUUUGUCUGGAUUGGCACUACUAAUUACAUAUUUAUAUUUCGGAAUUAAUAAUGCGGUAUCUGUCACUUACAAUAAAUGUAUGCAUUUCAGCUAAAUGUCUACAUACAAAUAAACGAGUUCAAAUUUAUCUACAUACUUGUAUUAUUAUCUACUUUAUCCAUUUAUAUACAUAUUUACAUAUAGCACGACAAAUGACAAAACCAUACACACUUUUAAAAAUAAUCUUACCUGUUUGAAAUUUAAAGCACUCUGAAUUCUAUAUUAUGAGGUAAUUCAGAGGAACGUUAACUUAAUAAAGAGUAGAGUAUAAGCAUUCCGAAUUUGGGACAUUUCGAAUUUAAAAUUCGGAGCGAAUAU